AUGGGGGAGACGUCGUCGUCGUCGGCGGCGGCGGCGGCGGAGUUUGAGGAGCUGAUGCGCCAGAGGAUAGAGUUCCACGCCGCCGCCGCCAAGCCCCUUGCCGUGGCCGUGCCGGAGGGGUUUCGGUUGGCGAGGGGCCUCUUCACAGACGAUGAGAGGCGAGUGGCGGCCGCGCGGAGCGGGCGACACGGCGGGAGGCUCCACAUUGGGGAGAGCAGCGGGAGUGGGCUCGAUCCGGAGGUCGGCGCCGGGAGAACCUUCCCGCGGAAGAUCGGGGCUGGCUUGCACAACAUCGGCAAUACGUGCUACCUCAACUCGGUCCUACAAUGCUUGACGUACACAGAGCCAUUCGUAGCCUACCUGCAGAAUGGCAAGCACAAGUCCUCAUGUCAUAUUGCUGGAUUCUGUGCAUUGUGCGCUCUUCAGCACCAUGUUCAGUUUGCUCUGCGGUCAUCUGGGAAAAUUCUGACACCACGGCUAUUUGUCAACAACUUAAAAUGCAUUUCUCGUAAUUUCCGUUACUAUAGGCAGGAAGAUGCACAUGAGUUAAUGGUUAGCUUGCUUGAGUCAAUGCACAAAUGCUGCUUACCAUCUGGUAUAGCAAGUGAGUCACCAAGUGCUUAUGAGAAGAGUCUAGUUCACAGAAUAUUUGGCGGCUGCUUAAAAAGUCAGGUGAGAUGUACAAGGUGCUCCCAUUGUUCAAACAAAUUUGAUCCUUUCCUGGAUCUCAGUGUCGAAAUUGGCAAUGCCGCCACAUUGAUGAAAGCACUUUACAAUUUUACCGAGGAGGAGCUAUUAGAUGGUGGGGAAAAGCACUACAACUGCCAGCAGUGCAAGGAGAAAGUUGUGGCAAAGAAAAGGUUUCUUAUUGAUAAGGCUCCUUAUGUGUUGGCAAUUCAUUUGAAACGCUUUAGUCCUUUCAACCCUCUUCAAAAGAUUGACAAAAAGGUUGAUUUUCGAACAACUUUGAACUUGAAGCCAUUUGUCAGCAAUUCAGAAGGUAUGGAUUUGAAAUAUAAUCUCUAUGGUGUUUUGGUUCAUGCUGGUCGGAAUACACAAUCAGGUCAUUAUCAUUGCUUCAUCCGGACGUCUAGUGGGUUGUGGCACAAUCUUGACGAUAACCAGGUUUGCCAAGUCCGUGAGCAAGAUGUACUAAAGCAGAAAGCAUACAUACUAUUUUAUGUGCGUGAAAGAGUGAGGAGCUCCGUAAUCCAUAAAGAUAAUGGUGCUUCCAGUUUGUCAGAAAAGGAAAUGUUUUCUGAGAAGAUUGCAUGUAUGAAUGGUGUAAUUCAAAAUGCUUUAGUGGAGAAAACAUUGGAUUUUUCCCUAAUUACUAAAGUAGAUACAGAGUUGCAGAUGCAGAACCCAGACAAGGGUCAGCCCAGUGAUAUUAGUGCAGUUUCUCGUGACCAGUGUUCAAAUGAACAUAGCAACAUUGAAGAUGUUAAAGCUUCAACGUCUCAAAACAAUGCACCUGUACAGAAAGUCCCAUGCACACUCCCAGAUAGUGCUGAUGCCUUGUCCACUAAAGAAGAGCAAAUAACAGAGUGUGUUCAGAGGGAGAUAAUUUCUCCAGGACAGCCUGAGGUUUGUAUUCGUGAUAUGAAGACACAGAAGCUGAAUCCAGAUAAUGAUCAGCCCAGCAAUAUUAACACCACCAUCUCACAGGACCAGUGUUCAAAUGAACAUGGAAGCACUGAGGUUACUAAAGAUUUAACAUCCCAAAACAACAAGCUAGUACAGAAAGCCAGAUGCACAGAUCCAGAUGGUACUGCUACAUUGUACUCCAAACCAGAGCAAAUAACACCAGCUAAUCAAAUGGAGACAACAUCUAUAGGACUGCCUGAUGCUUGUAUUCCCUGUGAUGCAAGCUCUGAUCAGAAUGCAUAUGAGAAGCCAUUGCAGGACGUGCCACUAGAAUCUGAUAGUGCACUCGUUAAUUCAGGCAAAGACAUCUUUAAUUCUGCUUUGCAGUUAUGCAAUGGUGUUGAAGGAUUAUUGGGGGCAAACGAGCAGGCUAAUGAACCUCGAACCUAUGCAUUUUGCAAACCCACUCCUGAUAGUGAUGCAACAACUAUUGCACAAGCCAUCCCAACUGAGGUUACUGCUGUUUCUAGUGGAACAAUAUCCGGCAACAAAGAUUCAACUAGUAAUGAUGAAGCUAAAGGACAAGUUGUGAAGGAGCUUUCUGUGAAAAACAUUGAUGAUAAAGUAAAAGAAGAGGAGCAGAAUAACUCACUGGACACUGCACAUGUUAACCUUGAAAAGAAAAUCUGUUCUGAAGACGCUGCACAUGUGGCCAGCUCCAAAGAUUGUGUGCAGGUGAUGUGCUCUGAAAACUCUGUGCAGGUGGUAGGCAAGGAUCCAUGUCAUGGCAGUCUGCAUAAAAACAUGAAAAUCAAGUCAAAGAAGCAUGUGAAACAUCCAGUUGUCAACUUGUGUUUUGGGUCCAAACAACUGUUGCUGGCGUCCCUGAAACCGCACAUCAACAUCAAAACUGUUCUUACUAGUGGCAUAUCGCAUAAAUCCCAUAAACGGAAACGCUGUCGUAACAGUGCAAGCUCUGAAGAUUCUGUUCAGAUGUAUGGCAAGAAACAAAACCUUGGACACUCCUAUGCUGUUGAACUUACCAUGGACAAGAAGGGCAGCAAGGAUGCAACACUUGCUGGUGCUGAGCUAGCAAGUUUAUGCCCUAGAUCUAUGUUAAAUCCUGAUUCAGGAAAAUGUGAGGGUAGAGAUGAGAAAGGCUCCUGGCAUUUUAAUCUCCUCACAAGGGGUUUAAGAGUUCCACGGUGGGGUGAUGAUGACAUGGCAAAUAACACGGCAACAGAGCUGCAAUGUUCCAAUUCCACCAGCAUUGGUUACGUCUUAGAUAAAUGGGAUGAGGAGUAUGACCGCGGAAAGAGGAAGAAGGUGAGGAAAUCCAUGCGAGACUUCAGUGGGCCGAACCCUUUCCAAAAGACGGAAAACACUAGAUCCCGGCAGCGGAGAAGAUUACAAGCUGGCCAGGCCAGGUCUGGACACCAGCCUCUCAGGAUAUGA